CCCCGUGCAUGUAGAGUAUGUAGAGGGAAUGAUGAGAAUGGGGUCGCACACAGAAUUACAGAUACAGGCCGUGAGGGGCGCAUGAGGUAGCAGAGAAUUAAGAGAUCAUCAUUGCAAUGGACAAUCUGUUAGGUGUUCUUAAAGUCCGUAUCAAACGAGGCGUCAACCUCGCCGUCCGCGAUGUCCGGACCAGCGAUCCUUACGUUGUUGUCAAGAUGGGCAAACAGAAGCUGAAAACCCGUGUUAUAGAAAAGGAUGUCAAUCCUGUGUGGAAUGAAGAUCUUACCCUUUCGGUUUCUGAUCCUAACAUUCCCAUUAAGCUGGUGAAGAUGGAAAACCUGAAAUUCACGGGUAAGGAGGACUGUGAAGUACAUCUCAAUUCCUUCCACCAGAGUGCCACAAUGAUGGGAUGUAUCGGUGAGGAAGAAUGCAUCCUCUUUUUCCAGUCACUACGUGGGGAAGCGGCAAAGUGGUUCAACAAGCUUCCGUCGGGCAAGAUUGACUCCUUUGAUGAGCUAGCCACCAAAUUUAAGGCCACGUUUAAGGAAAACUUUACCAAGAGGAAGAAGUUCACCUACCUGAGCACUGCCAGGAGACCACCCAACACCUACCAGGAGGCGUAUCAUACAGCCUUGGAGCUCGCGGAAGCCGAAACCCAGGACCAUCACAGAGUGAAGCCUGUCCAGGAAAUGACCGUGUGGGGUAUUUAUACCCGAGCAGACCGCACAGGCGGGCAGACAGGCGGCCGCCUGUCAGCCCGCCACCGCCAAUAUGGGAAGCUUCUAGAUCGGCGAUACUUCGAGAACAACGACAGGCGGGCACGCAGGCGGCCGCCUGCUAGCCCGCCGGAGCCAAUUUUCCCCGUCUGCGCUUGUGUUCGCCGCCGGAGCCAACCCUCGCCGUUUGCUGAUGCUUGGCAGGCGGCUGCCUGCCUGGUCGCCUGUCGUGCACUCGGCUCCUAAACUCAUAUUUUGCUUCAAAAUUGAUUCUGAACACCUUUCUCUCUUGCUCCAACUUCCAAUUCCAUUCCAAGAGGAAAAUAUUACUAAUUUCUUGUUGAAAUCAAACAUAUUUUUAUUUUUCUUGGCCCAUUCAAAUUUACUACUCAAAAAUAUAGAAAUAUGACUUUUAAUAGAAAAUUAUUCCUUAUUAUGAUGAAAAGUUAUGUUAAAUGCGAGGAUAAAAUUAUGUAUAAAACGACUUUAUCAAU